AUGGCGAAAAACUCUCCGUCCGAUCACCUGCUCUUGUACAGUUGCAUAGUAUUUAUCAUCGUUUCAGGUCGGCCGAUCUCAGCCGGCUUGGACCACCAAGAGUUGAAUACUUGGAUGCCGAUGAAAGCAGCAGCCAGCUGCCGCGGUUCAAUAGCAGAGUGCUUGGGCAGCGGCGAACUCAGCAUGGAUUCGGAGAUCAACCGGCGCAUAUUAGCGACCAGAAAUUACAUAAGCUACGGUGCUCUGCAGAGGAACACCGUUCCAUGCUCUCGCCGGGGUUCUUCCUACUACAACUGCCAGCCUGGUGCUGAAGCAAACCCCUACACCCGCGGUUGCAGCGCCAUUACUCGUUGCCGGAGUUAAAAAGCCUCUUCUUUUUUUCUUCGCUUCUCUAUCUCU